CCCCCCCUCAGGAGUGGAAACAUAAUUUUGCUUUUUGGGUGGUGGAGAGAUUUGAACCUAGGACCUCUCGCCUCCUCUAAUACCAUAUUGAAGUAAGGACCAUCUCAUCCAAAAGGCUAAAAUGAUAGGGGAACCAGUUAAUGUGAACGAAUUUCAAGAGCUAGCUAGGGAAGCUCUUCCAAAGAUGUAUUAUGAUUUCUUUGCUGGAGGAGCUGAGGAUCAGUACACACUCAAAGAAAAUAUAGAAGCAUUUCACAGAAUCACUAUUCGGCCAAGAAUACUUGUUGAUGUGAGCAGAAUAAACAUGUCAACUGUUGUACUCGGUCACAAGACAUCAGCUCCAAUUAUAGUUGCUCCAACUUCGUCGCAUCAAUUGGCACAUCCUCAAGGAGAAGUUGCAACAGCUAGAGGUGCUGCAGCAUGUAAUGUUAUCAUGGGAAUGUCAUUUACGUCCACAUGCACAAUCGAGGAGGUUGCUUCAAGCUGCAAUGCUGUUCGCUUUUUUCAAACCUAUGUUUACAAAAGGAGAGAUAUAACAGAACUUAUGGUGCAUAGAGCUGAAAGCAAUGGCUUCAAGGCUAUAAUUCUCACUGGUGAUACUCCGAGACUUGGCAGAAGGGAGGCUGAUGUAAAGAAUAAGAUGAUUUCACCCAGGUUGAGGAAUUUUGAAGGUCUUAUAUCAACUGAAGUUGUUUCUGACAAAGGCUCAAAUCUUGCAGCAUACGCUGCAGGAACUCUUGAUCCUUCGCUUUGCUGGAAGUCAUACUUUCCAAAAACUUCGCAGGAUAUAGCGUGGCUAAAAUCAAUUACCAAGUUGCCAAUUCUGAUUAAGGGCGUUCUCACUGGUGAAGAUGCAAUAAAAGCAAUUGAAGCAGGAGUUGUAGGAAUUAUUGUCUCUAACCAUGGAGCUCGACAACUAGAUUAUACUCCAGCUACUAUUUCUGUUCUUGAAGAGGUGGUCCAAGCUGUUCAAGGUAAAGUACCGGUUCUGCUUGAUGGAGGAAUUAGGCGAGGAACAGACAUAUUCAAGGCAUUAGCACUAGGCGCCAAAGCUGUUCUGAUUGGUCGACCAGUCAUCUACGGCCUAGCAGCUAAGGGGGAGUCUGGGGUAAAGCAAGUAAUUGAGAUGCUCAAGAGUGAACUGGAGCUGACAAUGGCUCUUGCUGGAUGCUGCACUGUGGAUGACAUUACCAGAAGCAAUGUUAAGACAGAGAACGAGAGAUUCCUAUGUAGGAUGUAGUUUUCAUCCUCUGUUUCUUAAAUGAGUUCAAGAUGUACGUACAAAAAUGCAGUUAAUUCUAUUUGAUAGCAUUGCUUGGUAACCUAUAGUCAACGGUCCUAUUUCUAUA